AUGAUGAGGAGGAAGGCCAAGAAGUUAGCAAAGAAGGUUAAGAUGAAUGCUGUGGCUGAAGAAACAAAUUUGGAGAUGCUUCCUAACAAUAAGGGAGUCCAUAAUGAAUCUGCUGAUGGUUCAAGUGAUUCAGCCACUUUUACGGUAAUGCCAGUUAUGAUGACUGACACCACAACCAUGGAAGAUCAAAUUUCGAACCUAGCCAAAAUUAUCGAAGAGUUAGCUGUGCAUGUCCAAAGUCAAGAUCGCAAGAUAGCCAAACUAAUGGCUAUGAUGGAAAAUAUCGGCGAGAAUAGCCUCAACGUAUCCAAGCAAAAAUUCAAGAUGCAAGAUGAAAGUGACUCAUUAUCAAAGGAGAAAGAGGAUACGAAGUCGCAAACCAUGAAGGAAUUUUCAAUCUUUCCUGAUGGCACCAUUCGUGUUAUCUCUUUCACUUACAAAGAAGAAGAUGAUGAAAAGAGUGAUGUUUCAUACAAUCAUAUAACUAUAAUUGAUGGUGACUCUUCUGGAGAGGAAGAAGAUGCUAAAGACGCUCCACCUGAAUUGGAAGAAGGUGUUAAGACCACUGUAGAUGAUUUAAAGGAAAUCAAUUUUGAUACUUUAGAGGACCCACGUCUAAUAUAUAUAAGUGCUUUAUUGAAUUCUGAUGAAGAGAAGGCAUAUGUUGACCUCUUGCAAAAGUAUCGAGAUGUUUUUGUCCGGACUUAUAAAGAAAUGUCGGGUCUAGACCCAAAAGUAGCCGUCAAACGUUUAGCUGUCGAAAAGGGAGUUCGACCUGUAAAACAAGCACAACGGCGAUUUAGACUAGAUUUGGUUCCCUUGAUCGAAGUUGAGAUUAAUAAACUCAUUGAAGCGGGGUUUAUUCGUGAAGUUAAAUAUUCUACAUGGAUUUCGAGUAUUGUGUCUGUACAAAGGAAAAAUGAACAAAUUCACAUCUACGUUGAUUUUAGGGAUCUUAACAAUACUUGUCCCAAGAAUGAUUUUUCUUUACCUAUUACCGAACUCAUGAUUGAUACAACUAUUGGGUAUGAGGCUCUGUCAUUUAUGGAUGGUUCUUCUAGUUAUAAUCAAAUUCGAAUGGCAUCUGAGGAUGAAGAGCUCACUUCAUUUCACACUUCUAAGGGUAUUUAUUGUUAUAAAGUAAUGUUCUUUGGUCGUAAGAAUACCGGAGUUACAUAUCAAAGAGCAAUGCAAAAUAUCUUUGACGACAUACUCCAUUAA